AUGAUGUUUGCAGCGAGGUAUUUCAGCAGCUCUCCCCCAGUAUUUCAGAGGCUCUUCUUCACCAGCGAAGAGGCUGUGUCCAUCCAGUAUGGGCCUAGAAGAAUGAAGUUAAGGGACCUGAUGGGGGCCACCCUCCGCUUCCUCCAAAGCGACUGUGAGAAGUUCCGUGUCCUGUGGGACUGGAGUGCCUGUGUUUCACAGCUUCUCACCAGUGACGUCAUGACAAAUCUAAGCAGUUUGGUGCUGGUGGAUGCAACCUGUCAAAAUCUUCGGCGACUUUCCAUGGCUGUGGCGUCCCAGAAGCCUGUUCUUUUGGAAGGGCCAAUUGGAUGUGGAAAAACUGCUCUUGUAUAUCUUGCUGCCGUCACUGGGCAUGUUAAAGCCCCUGAUAUCCUUAAAGUUCAGCUUGGAGAUCAGACCGACAGUAAGAUGUUGCUGGGUAUGUACAGCUGCACAGAUAUUCCUGGAAAGUUUGUGUGGCAGCCAGGAUCCCUGACCCAGGCAGUCUCAAAAGGUUACUGGAUUCUGCUGGAGGACAUUGAUCAUGCUCCUUUGGACGUGCUAUCGGUUCUGCUUCCUCUCAUGGAAAACAAGAAAUUGACUAUUCCAGGACGUGAGGACUGUAUUCAGACAGCCCCAUCAUUCCAGUUUUUUGCAACACGAAGGACAUUUUACAGUGGAGGAGCCUGGCAUCGACCACAGAGUUCACAUGCUGCACUUCUGGACAAAUACUGGAGUAAACUGCAGAUCGGCAACAUGAGCCGAGAAGAACUUAAACAGGUCCUAAUGAAGAGGUACCCUAACCUGGCAGUUGUGGUAGAGCGUCUUUUGGACAUAUACUGCCAGCUAACAGGAGACAGACAUCAAACCAGCUCCAGUCCACAGGGUCCUAGUGCAGCCCAAAACAUAUCCGAUGAACACAUCACAUCACUGGAAGGCAGAGGCCUCUCACUGAGAGACUUGCUGAAAUGGUGCGAGAGAAUCUGCUUAAAUUUUGACAGCUCAUGCGCUUCUACAGCACAGAAUGUGUUUCUGGAGGCUCUAGACUGCUUCACUGCCAUGCUCUCCAAAUCUGAGAGCAGACUCAAGAUGGCAGAAAUCAUUGGCAGCAAACUCAACAUAUCCAGAGAGAAGGCUCAGCACUUUUGCCAGAUGUACCUGCCUGGAAUCAGUGUGACGGAGCUGGAGGUGUCGGUGGGCCGUGCAAUGUUACUACGCAAGCAGAGCGACACUGUGCGGCUGAGCAUGUGAGUCUGCAUAAUCAGAUAAUAACCUUACCCAUCCCCAUUCAUCUGUCUCACUCUUCCCCUUUCAAUCUACUCUGUUACAAAUGGAGUAAAUGCCAGCCUAGCUGUGCCAACAUUGACCCCUGUGUGGAAGGCACCCUGCUGAGAAAUUGAGUCAGUAUGGGAUUGAUUUCUUAAAGGGGUCAUCGGAUGCUACAUGCACUUUUACAAGUUGUUUGAACUGAAAUGUGUUUUGGCAGUGUGUGUACACAAUCACCCUAUAAUGAUAAAGAUCCACCUAGUGGUUUUUAU